AUGAAUCUAUAUCUGUGUACGGUACGGAAGUUGCUGGCCGGCGGCCGCUCAACUGUUCGAGCGCAAUACAGUGGUGGUUGGUUCCGAUUCGACAAGGGUAUAAUGCCUGGUCGAAGGUCCAGUACAGUAGGUAGCAGGCGUGUUCGUUUUGGCUCCCGAGCGAGAAUGAUAAAUAGGCGCUGCACCAUUCUUGCUGCUAUCAUUAAGAAACUUAUUGGGUUAUAUGAUCAACGGGAUCAGUCGGCUAGAGAGCGGGGCUAUUCUUCUUCCGGGGAGGCUAAGUCGUCCCCUCUACUGAUCGAACCCUCAGUUCGGGGGUCUUCGUCAACAUGUUAUGAGGCUCCAGUCUUCGGCGGGUCACCAUUACUUGACUUAGAAAGGCGAACAUCUAGGCAAGGGAAAGCGCAGUGCGCCUGGUGCAAAUGGCUUUUAUUUUUCAUGAUAUACCAAUCAGAAUGGGGGACCCUACCUACAUACGGGAAAGGCUUUAUCCCUAAGUGGAAUCGGUGGAAUGCCCUGCUUCCGGCUAAGUAUACAGAGUUGGGUCUACCGUUCGUUCAACCGUUACCUCUAUUCUAUUCCGAUCUUUCUUUUCUCCUUUGCUUCCUUGUCUCGUCUAUCCUUCUCUGCCUUCAGCUUGUCCUGGAGCUCUAUCCCGUCCUUCCUUUGGCUUGCCCUGAGGAUGGAUUUACUCUCCAAAGUCGAUUUGAUCACUGCGAGUUCGGUUCAAGUCUUCAUCGAUCGGGUGGAUCUUUGAGGGGGGAUGGAAAGGUGGAAAAGGUGUUCUAUCGCAUUCUUUUAGCUGCAAGGGAACCGUCUGUAGUGGUUGAAGUAGAGCCAAGCAGCGAUGGACUAAGCGAGUCAAAUAACGCCGGCCAUGUUAUUCAGUCUCAUGGAACUAAACUCUUAGAUGCAGCAUGCAGCCGCCUCCAUCCAUCGGCACAUCCGCCCCGCUUAGCCGCAUUGUUCAUCUUGAAAGGGAGCCGCGAGGUGCUGUCAUGUCAAGCCCAAGCUGGGAAACCCCUCCUCUAUGAAGCAGAGAAUGAUCGAUCGAAGACUGAGAAGAUAGAAUAA